AUGGCAGUGUUCGGAGUACAAAUGACCAGAUAUGUCUGCCAGACGGUGAUGCCCGUCCAUGAAGAUCUUCAUCAAUUAAAGGAUAAAUUAACAAAAUUCCCAUCAGAGCAGAAAGGAGAGACUCUAGACAUUCAGAAUCUUGAAACAGCAAUCCAAAGGACUGAACUGGGGUUAAGAAUUCAUAUUGAGAAGUAUUUAGAUGUUGUAAACCAUCAUGUAUUAGUGACUCCUAUGAAUGAGAACUUACAGUCUUCUCUGGCUUCCAAAUGGUUGCUUCCAACUUUAAUUGACCAGAAAUCAUUUGUUUUCCCUCUGGGAUCUGAGGGUAAAGUUUGGCCAACCUCAAAACAGCUCAAGUCAUUUCCACAUGUCUUUCCAAAAGUAAAGCAAAAGAUAGGGUUGAAUGUAAAAAUCUUGCAGGAUCCUGAAAACAUCCACCACAGAGCUGCUGUAAAUUCGAACUAUGGAAUCAGUUUGCCAUAUAUUAAUCAGAAAAAAGCACAUUAGGUCCUUAUGGGUUUGAAGCAAGAAGAAAUCUCUAGUGCUCUUCGCUCACGUUCCCUUGCUGGUAUCCAGUUCCAGUCAGACGUUAUAAUGAACACACUAAAAGAUCUACAGAAAAUUUGACUUUGAUUUAUUCUUUUAAAAUAAAAAGGGUUUCUUAAGAGGCUUGAAACAUGUAUCUGUUAACAUGAAUUUUAAAAGAACGAUUAUGAAUGCAUAACAAAAUAGCCAAACAAAACAUUGCUUUGAAUUGCCGCACAAAUAACUCUGAUUAUAACUGUUAUGACCUAGAAAAGAAUCAUAAAAACAUUUUUCUUUUUGGCAAGAUAUGAGUUGCUGUAGAAUUAUACCAGUUCUUUGGUCCCACUUUCCAAAUAAAUAAAUAUAUAAUGCAAUGUAAA